UGAACCCAGGUUUCCUUUUCCAGAAAUUUAACAAGCGCUGCCGUGGGGGGGUCUUUCAGCGUUUUAUAGAACCGAACCGCACUAACGUAGAAAAAACAAAAAACAGAUAGUAGAAAAAAGACAAGACGUCUCGCUCCGUUUGUCGUUUGUGCAAUCUUUGGGUGGCAGGUGUGUAUGCAUGUGUUCUGCAACAUACGGGCGGAAGAAGCGCCCAAGAUCAGCGGGGAGCGUUUUCCCCGUCAACAAAGGCGCACAAACGGAGCCCGAACGCCGAACGAGCACGGUGGGGGCGCUGGGCGACAACAGGAUGACUGUCCAGGAAUUCAACACCCUCGUAGCGCAGUACCGGGAGGAGGUCAUAUCCGUCGGUGAGAUGUCCACCGACUGUCCGGCACUGCGGACUCAGAUGCACCGCACGCGGACAAAAGGAUGUUCCAUGGCCUGGGCUGCGUACCAGGGACUGGCCGUCAUCUCCGUCUCAGGGCCGGAAGACGGGGAGAUCCAGCCUGAAAUCUGCCGACUCUUUAUCCAAUUGCAGUGCUGCUUGGAGAUGUUCAUAAUGGAGAUGGUCAAGUCCAUUUGCCUGCUGGGGGUGCUUCACCAUCACAAAAAAAGUACAGACUCCGAUCAAAAAGUAGAGUUCAGGGCGGAUGAGAGCUCAGACGUUCCAAUCCUGGAGGAUCGAUGCUCGUCCCCGAUUGACUUCCCUCAGGAGCAGUGGCUUGUCGGAAUGGAUAUUGAUAACAUAGAUAGAGAUAUGAGAGAAAUGCGUAACCUACUCAGCAAACUCAGGGAGGCAAUGCCAUUACCACUGAAAAAUCAAGAUGACAGCAGCUUAUUAAAUCUGACACCACACCCGCUGAUCAGACAGAGGAAGAGAUGUUUCCCUGGACUCUGCUGCAUGGUGUCUGGAUGA